CCUGACCUCUAUACCUAGCUAGACAACCAUCGAAGAAGACGAAGCAACUUGGAGCAAACAAACGAGUGCACAACAGCACCAGCAAGAUCAAACAGCGGACCAACGACGAGGCUACGAGACUGAUCCAUCGAGAUCCAGAAGAGAUCGCCCGUCCGCCGCCGCCGUCGGUUGACUCGGUUCGCCGUGAGGCAGCUAAUAACCACCACCAGUCCACCAUAUGGCGCUGUCGGAGCUGCAGGCGCGGGCGCGGUUCGUGCAGUCGUCGGCGGCGAGCGCGGGGCUGCACUUCGACGAGGACCGGUGGCUGAGCCGGGUGCGGCAGAGCCUGGAGCGGGAAGCCGCCGACGCGCUGGGCGCGGCGGCCAAGGUGUUCGACGUGCCGCGGCUGCUCAGGGCGACGCGCCCCGACGCGUACCUGCCGCAGCACUUCGCGCUGGGGCCCUACCACUGCGGCCGCGCCGAGCUCAGGGACAUGGAGCGCUACAAGCUCGCCGCCGCCAAGCGCGCCGAGAAGCUCUUCGCCGACGGCCGAAAGUUCGACCACCUCGUGCAGCGGCUGCUCCAGGACCAGGACAAGAUUCGGGCGCCCUACCACAGGUUCCUGGAGCUGAGCGACCAGACGCUGGCAUGGAUGAUGGCCAUUGACACCUGCUUCCUCCUCGACUUCCUCGAGAGCUACCACCGCGACGAGGUGACCGACAUGGUGUCCUCGGCGACCAACUGGAUCAACGCCACCGUGCGCGACGCCAUGAUGCUGGAGAACCAGAUCCCGCUCUUCCUCUUCUCCCAGGCGCUCGCGCUCCGCCACCCCAAGGCCGAGCAGGCCGCCGCCGGCGCGCUGCACGCCGUGCUCGACCGCUUCAUCAAGGAGGUGUCCCCGAUCAAGACCACCGCCGAGCUGAUCGCCGCCGACGUCGCCAGGCACGCGCACAUGCUCGAGCUCCUCUACCACUUCCUCGUCCCCGACGCGACGGUCUUCGACGGCGGAGACGGCGGCGGCCGUGAGCCGCCGCCGAUGGUGCCCGAGGAGUUCACCAUCGCCAUGCUCGACCCGUCGCAGCAGCUGCCGGACUACGACAAGGUGAAGCAGGCGUGCAUGCAGGUGUCCAGCCUCGACGUGGCGCCCGUCCGGUUCAUCCGGAAGAACCUCAUCUCCCGGCCGAUGAGCAUGGCGUCGAGCCUCCCGGGGAAGAUCAUGCGCAAGGUGCCGCUGCUGUCGGCGAUGGCGCCGCUGGUGACCAAGCUGAUGGCGUCGACGGACAUGGAGGCGCGGCUCAAGGGCGUGAACCUGGGCGGCAUCAUCAGCAGCAGCUCGCCGCUGGCGCAGGAGAUCAUGAUCCCGUCGGUGGCGACGCUAGCGCGGUGGGGCGUCCGGUUCGUGCCGGCGCCGGAGGGGAUCGCCGGGAUCGCCUUCGACGCGGCGGCGGCGACGCUGAGCCUGCCGAUCAUCACGCUGGACGGCAACACGGAGGUGGUGCUCCGGAACCUGGUGGCGUACGAGGCCGUGGCGGUGCGCGGCCCGCUGGUGCUGGCGAGGUACACGGAGCUGAUGAACGGCAUCGUCGACACGGCCAAGGACGUGAAGAUCCUCCGGCAGAGCGGCGUGGUGGUGAACCACCUCAAGAGCGACAGGGAGGCCGCCGACAUGUGGAACGGCAUGUGCCGGGCGACGCGGCUGGGCAAGGUGCCCCGGCUGGACGCCGCGAUACGGGAGGUGAACGCGCACCGGAGCCGGCGAGCGGCGGCGCGGGCGCAGAAGCUGCUCAGGAAGUACGUGUUCAGGUCGUGGCGGAUCCUCACGCUGCUCGCCGCCGUCGUGCUGCUGCUCAUGACGGCGAUGCAGACCUUCUGCACCGUGUACCCGUGUUCCCGAUGGUUCGGAUCGGUGUUCCAGAUGCCGCAGGUCGGAGGAACCCAGUGAUUCAGUACCGUAGUAUUUGCUAUAAGCUGUAUGAUGCGUUUAAUUGGACUCACUUUUUAUAUGUUGCCUGUUUUUUUUCUUUUGAGAAUUACACAGUUGAACGCUGACGUCUAAAUAUGUAUGCGCACUUAAUCCUAUGAACACACGUACGCUAACAUUAUCUUCAUGAGCACGUAUGUGAUUUU